AAUCGAACAGGUUUAUAGAGGGUAUUUAAAUCCCAAGUUUGCUGCUUGAAUCGAAUUGUGCACUCUUGCGCUUCACAGUUCCAAUAGAAUGGCCUCAUAGAACCAAAAAAGAGAAUAGAAAAAAAAAACCGUAGCGAAAAACGAAAAAACAUUCAAACGGCUGUAAAAAAAACAAUUGCCCUUUGAAGUUAAACUUACCAUGUCGCCGGAUCAUUGUUACCAUUUGCGUGGCUUCAUCUAUUAAACUGUAGUCUCAUUGGGAUCAGUCCAGUUUUGCCAAUCAGCGCAUUCAGUUGGCUUCGGUUCGGAGUGCAGCACGAAAUGCAACUAAGGACUUUGGCAUUAUUAUGCUCAGUGCAUAUGCUGGUAAAAGCUGGUGCUUACGCGGAGCCUGGCUACGAUCCUGCCAAUCGGAAUGGAGAGCUUGAGAACGUGGACGGCAUUAUUGAUGUGGAGGCAACGGAUUCACUGGAGCACGGAGCAGCCGGAAAGCAGCUGAGAGUAGGCAAACCCUUGGCCAGAUACAGUGACUAUGAUUACUAUACGCCCGGCAGGCGCAUAAAUGACAAUUCUCCAGGUGACAACGACUUGAGUGCCUCAUCAGCGAUUCGUGUACCUGGCGGAGAACAGAAUUUGGCAUAUUUCCGUCGACCGGCCGAUGAAAUGGCCGCCAAGCCGUUGCCCUGGUAUGGUCAAUACUCGGGCAAGUCGCUUGCCAUGUACCCAUCCAGGUCGUAUGAUCCCUAUAUUAGGCGCUAUGACAGAUUUGAUGAGCAGUACCAUCGCGCCUACCCGCAAUACUUUGAGGACAUGUACGUGCAUCGGCAGCGCUUUGAUCCCUAUGACAGCUACAGUCCCCGUGUGCCGCAAUAUCCUGAACCCUAUCUCAUGUACCCGGAUCGCCAGCUGGACCCGCCGCCACCAAGAGACUACCUGAAGUCCCGACGUGGCUACCUUGACGACGCACUUCCAAUUCCGCCAGUUCUCGACUCCUACAGCAACAAAUAUGCCUCAGCCAAGCUGCCGCAACAGCUGGUCUCGCCCCGUCAUGAGAGAGUCGUCUACUAUGCACACCUGCCCGAAAUAGUGCGUACCCCCUACGACUUGGGCGUCAGCCGUACAGAUCGAAAUGGGGCCGCAGCUCUGGUUGCCCAGCCCGUGUCGUAUAAACAGAAUAAGAAGAAAUUGAAAAGCCUGCCACGAGCUGACAAUUCAACCAACUAUAAGCAAAUGUUUUAGUUCAACUUGAUGCUUAUGCUUCUAUAUAUCCGGAUUUUGUUCAAUGCGUUUUACAAUAUUUUUCUUCACUUUACAUUAAGAACUUUUUUUUUUGCAAUAAGUAUUUCGGGCUUACCUAAGCUUAAUAUUGUGCGCAGAAAA